AUGGCCCCAGUUAGAAAAGGCUCACAGCCGAAUGAAGUGGCUCAAUUGGUAGCACAAAUACCUCCUGUAACUCGUUUCGUUCUGGCAGCUAUCGUGGUGCUCUAUACGCUAGUGAGGGCCCAGAUUGUGCGAGACACAUGGCUUUGUUUCUGGCCGUACCACACUUUCGUUAAACUACAGGUCUGGCGGAUGUUUACGGGUUGUUUUCUGGUCUUUAAGGGCAAAAUGGGAACUCUGUUCACAAUGUUCGAGUUGUACACGCACUCCUCUCACCUGGAGUCGUUUCAUUUCCACGAUAGAAACCACGCGGAGUACGUGUACCUACUAUGCGUGCUGCUGGUGGGUGUAGUAGCGUCGGCCACCGCCCUGCGUAUCGACUGCUCUUACACGCUUAUCGACGGUAUGAUGGCUGCGUUGACGUGUUUGUGGAGCAUCAAAAACUGGAACACCGCGUUGAUGUUCUAUGGUCUGUUUCCUGUUAAGGGCAAGUACAAUCCGCUGCUCCAGUUGUUUUUGUCGUUCCUGUUUGACGACGAGGUGGCCACGUUUCCACUGGUCGUGAUAGGGUUCUCCGUGGCGUACGCUUUCAAUUGUCUGGACACGAGGUCGCUGGGGCCCCUUUACGGGUAUAUACGGGGCAAGCCCAUGGGCUAUGGCUUGGUGAACGACAGACAGUUCCGGGCUCCGCGGUGGUUCUCCAGCGCCUGGCGGGUGCUCUCAGACGGCCAGAGCCGCUCAAUGCACGCGGUCUUCGACAAAACCAAAACCUAUCAGGGUCAGGGCCGCAAGCUUGGUAGCAGGGACCCUUCUGAUGCUGGUAGAGUCGGGGUAGACUCGGCUGGCGUGGCCGCAGCUUCUAUGUCUCGCCCGAAGACUAGCCCCACAAUGGCCUUUUCCUCGGGUCCGGCUUUCAGAGGAAAGGGCCAGCGUGUUGGCACCAAAUAA